UUAAAGGGAGCUUUUUGUGGCAGAAUGUCUUCUAAUUUGGACUUCACCGAAGGAAUUGAAGAAGGAAGUUCUCUGCAAUCAAUAUGCUACAAGAGAGGUUCUCUUCGGCUACUUGAUCAGAGAAAGCUUCCUCUUGAAACCAUCUAUUUGGACAUUCGAGACGCCACUGAUGGAUGGAGUGCAAUAAGGGAUAUGGUAGUCCGUGGUGCACCUGCAAUUGCUAUAUCAGCUGCACUCUCCCUUGCUGUGGAAGUGUGUAACUUGAAAUUCUUUGAUGGAACGCCUAUGGAUGCAGCUUCUUUCCUUGCCAAGAAAUUGGAAUACCUUGUCUCGAGCCGUCCAACUGCCGUAAAUCUUUCAGAUGCUGCAUCAAAGCUCAAAGAGGUCAUAUCAAAGGCUGCUGCCACAGCUGGGGAGGCCAGACCAGUUUUUCAGGCCUAUAUAGAAGCUUCUGAAGCUAUGCUUGAGGAUGAUGUUGCUUCAAACAGAGCGAUUGGCUCUUAUGGAGCAAACAUUCUUAAAAGUCAGAUCAAAGGCUCCAAGAGGCUCUCUAUUUUGACCCAUUGUAACACUGGCAGCCUCGCAACUGCUGGAUAUGGUACAGCUCUUGGUGUUAUCCGUGCAGUUCAUUCUGAAGGAAUGCUUGAAAGGGCCUUCUGUACAGAGACACGGCCAUUUAACCAGGGAUCCAGGCUUACAGCAUUUGAGUUGGUACAUGAUAAGAUACCUGCCACUCUUAUAGCUGAUUCUGCGGCUGCUGCAUUAAUGAAAGCUGGUAAUGUCAAUGCUGUCAUUGUUGGAGCUGAUGGUGUGGCUGCAAAUGGUGACACCGCUAAUAAGAUAGGAACAUACAGCCUUGCUGUGUGUGCAUUGCGUCACGGCAUUCCAUUUUUUGUUGCUGCACCUGUAACUUCUAUUGAUCUAUCCCUAACCUCUGGACAUGAAAUUGUUAUAGAGGAAAGAUCAGCAAAGGAAUUGUUGUGUUCACGGGGUGGACUUGGAGAACAAGUGGCAGCAUUCGGAAUCUCUGUAUGGAACCCAGCUUUUGAUGUUACCCCAGCUAGUCUCAUAACUGCUAUUAUAACAGAAAAGGGGGUAAUCACAAAGACAGGCAGUGAUUCUUUUGACAUUAAGGAUUUUAUACGAAAGGAACCUGGUCAAAUUGCUUAAUAAAGGUGCUACUCACCCCGGUGGACGAUGAAGCCUUCGAAAAGUUUUUGAUGAGGAGCUUGUACAUCAGUACAUGUAAACUUAUUCUACAUUAUUAUGCUUCACUAUUUUUCGACUUGGUCAGUAUUUCGCCAAUCUUAUCAAAGUUAAUAAGGUGAAUUUUACUCUUUCUUAACGUAAAUGGAAAACUAUGGCAUCCCUGA